CUGAGCGCGGCGCCGGGCGGCGUGCUGCUGGCCUGGAGCCCGCGCCUCGCCGCCGCGCGCCCGCUGCUCGCCGCCGCGCUCUACGUGCCGCGCCCGCCCGCACACAUGCUGCACAACCAGGUGUCGAUGACGACGGCAGCGACGAUGUCGGGAGUGUACCGACCCAACGGCAUGGUGGAGGUGCGCGUGGCCGGCGAGGGCGGCGCGCGCGUGGCGCUGCUGGGCGCCGACGCACGCGCGCACGCUGCCGGCCUCACCGCCCCCGCUGGUGCCGGCCUCGACCUGCACACGAUUGAACGCGAAGUGGAAAGCUUCAGUGGUAUCAAGCACUCGGUGUUCAAGAAUGAAGAAAAUUUGCCAAGCUUAGGUUUAGAUUUAAGUGGACGCACUCCAGCAGAUGUGUUUAAGAAUGCUGGUCUUGUGGUCUUAACUGAUGGUGUUGUGGAGGGAAAUGAUCCUCAAGGCUCUGGUGCCGGAGAGGCGGGGGAGGCGGGGGAGGCGGUGGAGACGGGCACGCGCGCGCCGCUGGCCGGGCCGUACGCGUUCAGCCGGCUGCCCGCGCCGCCCGCGCCGCGCUUCUACCUCACCGCCGCGCCGCACCGCACCUGGCUCUUCGCCAACCUCUCGCUCGGUAAUGAUGGCAAAGGCACAAAGGAAGUGUGGUCACCAAUGACACCAGGCGAAUGGACAAUCGGAGCAUUCUCAGUGCACCCGACCCUGGGGCUGGGUCUCGCUGCUCCUCAAACAUUCACAACCAGCGUACCACUGUCUAUAACUGCCGAGCUGCCGGAAACUCUGCAACGUGGAGAAAUGUUAGCAGCCGUCAUUAUCCUGAAGAACUCGCUAUCGGAGGACGUAACGGUUGAAGUCACUUUCCACAACUCCGAUCAGUAUUUCGAAUUCGAACCGUUGGAGAAUAACGUUGAUUCAACGAAAAAGAUCGAGUUGUUCCGGCGCACGCGCGUGACGGUAGCGGGCGGCUCAGUGAGCAGCACCGCGUUCCUGGUGAGCGCGGUGCGCGCGGGCAGCGCGCCCGUCAUAGUGGAGGCCGGCGGCGGCGGCCUCUCUGCCUCCCUCUUCCGCACCAUCGACGUGCAGGACGGGUACGAGGAGGAGUCGUGGUCGUGGAUGGUGCUGGACGCGCGGCAGGGUGUGGCGCGCGGCAACGUGAGCGCGUGGGCGGCGGCGGGCACGCGCUCGCGCGGCGCCGCGCUGCUGGCGACCGGCGACGCGCUGGCGCCCGCGCUGCAGGCCGCGCGCCGCCCCCCCGCACCCGCGCCCGACGCCGUGCACGCGCUGCGCCCGCUCGCCACCGCCUGCCUGCUGCUCGACUACCUGCAGGCAACGAAUCAAGAUGAAGUGUCGAUAACCAAUGAGCUACGUGCACAAGCCGCGGCCGGCUACCAGCGACUGAUGGCGUUCCGCCGAUCUGACGGCUCUUUUGCACAGGAAAUCGACCCGGAUGCCGAGGGCGACGUGUACAUGACGUCGGUGUCGGGGCGGUGGGCGGGGCGGUGCGCGCGGCACGUGGCGGCGGCGCCGGCGGGAGCGCGCGCCGUGCAGUGGCUGGCGCGCGCGCAGCAGCCCGACGGCUCGUGGGCCGCGCCGCCGCGCGCCGCCCGCAACCACCCGCACGCGCAGGCGCCGCUGCCGCUCGCCGCGCAUGCGCUCAUCGCGCUGCUCGACAAUAAGGGAAGCGACGUUCUAUACAAAGACGAGAUAAACAAGGCAGUGGACUACAUAGCACGGGGUCUUUCUCCUGAUUUGGAACCUUACGCACUGGCCGUAAUAGCUUAUGCUCUUGCGGCAGUUCGACACCCGCAGGCUACACAGGCCUUGCAGAUGAUGGACAAAUAUGUUAAUUCUACCGAGACGGGCAUAUGGUGGACGCGCGCCCUGGGCAGUGCGGAGCGGCGCAACCCGUGGGUGCGCGGCAACAGCGCGGACGCGGCGGCGGCCGGCUGGGCGCUGGGCGCGCUGCUGGCCGAGCGCCGCGCCGACCGCGCGCUGCCCGUCGCGCGCCGCCUGCUGCACGCCGCGCGGCCCGCCGCUCUGCAGCCGCACGUGCUGGAUGCCCUGGCACGGUUCUCCGAAACAAUAAGAACAUCGAACAAGUUACGAGUGUCUGUCAACGUCAGCAACAUCGAAGAGCCGAGGCAAUUCAACAUCGACGACGACAACGCGCUCAUCGUUCAAACUCAACUUGUACGAAAUGCAAAAUGGGCAAGUGCUACGACAGAAGGACGCGGCAUAGCACUAGUGGGGUUGUGGGCGCAGGGCGUCACCAACGUGACGGCGGCCUGGCCGCGCUACACUCUGGACCCGCGCGUCGACCGCGUGUCCACCGAGCACCGCCUGCAGCUCUCCAUUUGUAUCGGGUUCGUUGCGCAGGAAAAUGAUACGGAAAGUGGAUUGGCCCUGCUCACAGUUCAAUUGCCAUCCGGCUUCCUUGCCGAUAUAAACACCAUCACCGAGCUAACGGCGGCGCGGCACGUGGUAGGGGCGCGCGUGCUGCAGGGCGGCGCGCGCGUGGUGGCGUGGCUGCGCGCGGCGCGCGACGAGCGCUGCGCCACUCUGGCAGCACCGCGUGCGCUGCCCGCCGCGCACCAACGCCCCGGCUGGGCCACGCUCGAAGACCUCUACGACUCCAGUCAUCGCGCGCGCGUAUUCUUCUCGGGCGUGGGUUCGAGCGCGUGCUCGGUGUGCCGCGCGUGGCCGUCGUGCGAGCGCGCGUGCGGCGCGGCGGCGCAGCAGCGCGCGCCCGCGCCCGGCCUCGGCGCCGAGCCCGCGCGCCCGCACGCGCCCGCCGCCGCACCCUCCCCGAGCCCCCCCGCGCUCGCCCCCGCGCUCGCCCCCGCGCUCGCCCUCGCGCUCGCCCUCUGCCCGCUGCUCCUGCUGCGGUAA